AGAGUCAGAGAAGAGCCUUAAACAUCUAGCAAGCAGAUACCACUACAACUGAAUUUUACAAACUGACUCAAAGAUGCAGUUUUUGGCCAGCCUGGUAUCAUUUCUCCUUGUUGUGUGGAGUGUGAAAGCAACAGCGUUACCUGUAGAGGACAGACUGUCUGUACACAGCAACAGGGACUUAACUAGAGAAAGAAAAGAGAUGAUAUUGAAAAUGAUCUCUGGGCUUUUAGAUGGUUCAGACAACUCCCUCUUUGGUGGAGAAGUUACAUCCAUGGACAUUGAGGAACCCCUUGAGAACAAACUAGAAGAGAGAGCUGCUUACAAUCGAUUGCCACAGUUGCCACAGAGAGAUCGUAAAGCACCCUGCAAAAAUUUCUUUUGGAAAACAUUCACAUCCUGUUAACAAUCAAACAGCACCCUGACAAGAAUUUGAUGAACUGUUACCUGCAGUGUAUAUACUAUGAAAUUGUCCAUUAUUUUAGUUUCUGGUAACUUGAAAUCAUGUUUAUUGCAUCAGAAAUAAAGCAUGGCUAGUG